ACGUCGUCUGGCGUGCCAAACCACAAUUGCGCAAUGGCACGACUGUUAUUCUUCGUACUGAUCGCUGUGAACGCGUUGCAGCGACCAAUGGCGCCGCCGCGACGGCUGCACUCAAUAGCGCCUGCGCCAGCAGUGGCUGCCCUGCCUGCGCUACCUGCCCUGCCUGCGCGCAAGGCAUCCGUAGUGCUCACCAGCGCGGUCAUGAACGACGAAACAGCGGAAGCACCAAAUGAAAAGCCGGAGCCCCUCUGGAAGAAGUUCGGCGAAGCUGGCGUGAUCGCGUACGUCGGCAUUAACGUGUUCUGGUACGCGAUCGGCGUGAAUUUGUUCCUGCGCGGCAUGCCCAUCAAGCAGGCGGGCGGCGCGAAACUCGCGUACAAGCGGUUCCUCGCCGCGUGGGGUCUGUGCUUCGCCGCGUCGCACAGCCUCGGCCCCGUUCUGCCCGCGGUGCGCGCUGCGGGGGCCGGCGCGCUGAGCCCGCUGUCGUCGGCGCUGCUCGAGCGCGUGCGACGACGGCUCCCGGCGUCGACGCCGCGCUGGGUCGCGCCGUCGAUCGCUUUUAUCGGCCUCUGCGGCCUCUUCGGCGUCCUCUCGUUCUUCACGCUCACGACGGAGCUCGUGCGCGUGGCCGCGGCGGCGUAGUAAUGUACUGGUGGUUAGCCGGGGGUCAGGGGC